UGGGUUUCUCAUGGCACCCAGCCCCUAUCAGCCGAAGAGGUAGGUGACCUAACAAGAAUCGGUGACCAGAAAUCCGUUUUGGCUCAAUCCGUUUCGGCUCAAGAUCAGCUCAAGCAUCUCGACGCAUACUCUCAGUACGGCACACAACCCUAUACAGUUCUGAUACUUCCCGAUAAGGCGAGCGCAUGGCGUUCAAGGGCAUCGCCUGCCUCGUGCUGGUCGCCAGCGCUUUCCUGCCGCUGCAGGCCCUGACCUGCACGAGGCCCACGAGGUGGGUGCAACUACAAAGGGGGCCUGCUGCCGUGUCGCAACGGCCACAUCUGCCACUACACAGGGCAGUCUGGCGUGAGGUCCAACGCGAUUGUGGAGUGCCGUGGGAACAUCAUCCAGACGGUCUUGUCCCCCGAUCCUGAACAGGGACUCGAUCAGCCAGAUCUCGUAAUGUUCAUGGAGCCAGCACCAGCGACGCUCCUGCCAUGCUGACGGAAUUGCCAGAGGAAUACAAGAGAACAGCGGUCCCCGUGAUGUUGAAAAUGCUCUUCGUGGAGGAUAUUGGCGAUGUGACUGAAGUGUGCCCUCAUGACAGUGAGCGCGUUGAGACCAUGGGCGACAACACCGUGACCUACGCAGUUGACAACAGCACCGUCUCUGUUGACACACGAGAAGCGACAACCAACAAGUUCAUGGGCAUGUCGUUUGGUUUCGUCAGCGAGGCACCUGUGGGUCACACCCUGGCCUUCGAGAUUUCUGCUGAGACGCAGAUCGUCUGGGUCACCCGCGAAGAGAUGGUGCAGGUGCUCCAGACGCAGGAUUUGCCGGCAUCCGCCGAGGCACGUUUGGAGGCGCAGUUGCGCAGUGUUUAUUUUGAAAAAGGUAUGGACGACGCGCUGACGCAAAAAGGAAAGCAGGAAGCGCAGGCGGCGCGGGCAGACAUUGUGUUCAACCGGAGAGGUAAGGGCGAUGGUCGGGGGGCCGUCGCCAUGAUUUUGACUUUCUUAAUUUGUGCGUUCACAGUCAUCGGCUGCCUUGUGGCCGCGCCGUUCUUGAUGAUGGUUGGGACGACGUCCAUUCAAAACGGUGCUUGCAGCUGCUGGGUCACCGAGGAUGCGGGUCAGACCGCCUGUUCACUGUGGUGAUGGAUGGCUGCCGGGGCGAUAGCGGUCUCGAGGCAACUGGCCGGCCGGCUUGCGACCAGGAGCGUAGAUGCGGGACGGAAGUAUGAACUAUUGGCAUGUGUAGUAGAAUCUGAGUUUUUCCCAACCGUUCUGUGGUGUUGCGUCCUCGUUUUGAAGAGACGGUGCCCCGCGUCUCUCCUCCUUCCUUCCUCCUCCCCCUCCUCCCUCCUCCCUCCUCCCCCUCCUCCCUCCUCCCCCUCCUUGCCUUUCCUCUCGGCACACCUCUCAC